AUGAAAACUGACCACAGUUGUAGUUUCUUUUCAGGUCAUUUGAUUGUGACCUUGUUACCUUUUUUUAUCUGUCUUUUUUUUUUUUUUUUUUUUUUUUUUUUUAAAUCACAUUGGUCGGUGGGUCUGGAAUGUAAACUGGCCAUUGAAUCUCUCUCUCCCUCUCUCUCUUACCCAUCCCUCCCACGCCCACGCCGUCACCUGUGGCCAUUCAAGGUUUCUCUGCUUCUCUUUCAAUGUGUCUUAGGUUCUCCCCCUCUCUCUAUCUAUCUCUCUCUCUCUCUCUCUCACACUCGAUUUUAUUUUUCUCUCUCUCUCUCACACACGAUUUUAUUUUUCUCUCUCUCUCACACACGAUUUUAUUUUUCUCUCUCUCUCACACACGAUUUUAUUUUUCUCUCUCUCUCACACACGAUUUUAUUUUUCUCUCUCUCUCUCACACGUUUUUAUUUUUCUCUCUCUCUCACACACGAUUUUAUUUUUCUCUCUCUCUCACACACGAUUUUAUUUUUCUCUCUCUCUCACACACGAUUUUAUUUUUCUCUCUCUCUCACACACGAUUUUAUUUUUCUCUCUCUCACACGAUUUUAUUUUUCUCUCUCUCUCACACACGAUUUUAUUUUUUUCUCUCUCUCACACACGAUUUUAUUUUUUCUCUCUCUCUCACACACGAUUUUUUUUUUUCUCUCUCUCACACGAUUUUAUUUUUUUCUCUCUCUCACGUUUUUAUUUCUCUCUCUCUCACACGUUUUUAUUUUUCUCUCUCUCUCUCUCUCACACGUUUUUAUUUUUCUUUCUCUCUCUCUUUUAUUUUUCUCUCUUUACACGUUUUUUUCUCUCUCUCUCUCUUUCACUCUUUUUUUUUUUUUCUCUCUCUCUUUCACUUUUUUUUUUUUUUCUCUCUCUCUUUCUCUUUUUUUUUUUCUCUCUCUCUUUCUCUUUUUUUUUCUCUCUCUCUCUCUUUUUUUAUUUUUCUCUCUCUCUCUCUUUCACUCUUUUUUUUUUCUCUCUCUUUCUCUUUUCUCUUAUUUUCUCUCUCUCUCUCUCCUCUUUUUUUUUUCUCUCUCUUUCUUUCUUUCUUUUUUUCUCUCUCUCUCUUUCACUCUUUUUUUUUCUCUCUCUUUCACUCUUUUUUUUUCUCUCUUUUCACUCUUUCUUUUUCUCUCUCUCUCUUUCACUCUUUCUUUUUCUCUCUCUCUCUUUCACUCUUUCUUUUUCUCUCUCUCUCUUUCACUCUUUCUUUUUCUCUCUCUCUCUUUCACUCUUUUUUUUUUCUUUCUCUCUCUCUUUCACUCUCUCUCUUUUCUCUUUCACUCUUUUUUCUCUUUCUCUCUCUUUCACUCUUUUUUUUUCUCUCUCUCUCUCUCUUUCACUCUUUUUUUUUUCUCUCUCUCUCUUUCACUCUUUUAUUUUUCUCUCUCUCUCUCUUUCACUCUUUUUUUUUUCUCUCUCUCUUUCACUCUUUUUUUUUUCUCUCUCUCUCUCUUCUCUUUUUUUUUUUCUCUCUCUUUCCUCUUUUUUUUUUUCUCUCUCUUUCUUUCUUUUUUUUUUCUCUCUCUCUCUCUCUUUCACUCUUUUUUUUUUUCUCUCUCUCUCUCUUUCACUCUUUUAUUUUUUCUCUCUCUCUCUCUCUUUCACUCUUUUAUUUUUCUCUCUCUCUCUCUCUUUCACUCUUUUAUUUUUUCUCUCUCUCUUUCACUCUUUUAUUUUUUCUCUCUCUCUCUUUUUCUUUAUUUUUCUCUCUCUCUCUUUCACUCUUUUAUUUUUUUCUCUCUCUCUCUUUUCUCUUUUAUUUUUUUUUUUCUCUCUCUCUUUCACUCUUUUUUUUUUUCUCUCUCUCUCUUUCACUUUUUUUCUCUCUCUCUCUCUCUUUUUCCUCUUUUUUUUUCUCUCUCUCUCUUUCACUCUUUUUAUUUUCUCUCUCUCUCUCUUUCUCUUUUAUUUUUUUCUCUCUCUUUCACUCUUUUAUUUUUCUCUCUCUCUCUCUCUUUCCUUUUUUUUUUUCUCUCUCUCUCUAUUUUUCUCUCUUUUAUUUUAUUUUCUCUCUCUCUCUUUCACUCUUUUUUUUUUUUUUCUCUCUCUCUUUCCUUUUUUUUAUUUUUCUCUCUCUCUUUCCUCUUUUUUUUUUUUUUCUCUCUCUCUUUCACUCUUUUAUUUUUUCUCUCUCUCUUUCACUCUUUUAUUUUUUCUCUCUCUCUCUCUCACUCUUUUAUUUUUCUCUCUCUCUCUCUCACUCUUUUAUUUUUCUCUCUCUCUCUCUCUCUCUUUCACUCUUUUAUUUUUCUCUCUCUUUCACUCAUCUCCCUCACUUCCCUCUCUUUUAUCUCCCAUGUCUUUUUGCUCAGUCUUCACCCUGGUCUCUCUGUUUUUACUCUCUCUCUCUCCUUCCUUUCUCUCUCUCUCCUUCCUUUCUCUCUCUCUCCUUCCUUUCUCUCUCUCUCCUUCCUUUCUCUCUCUCUCCUUCCUCUCACUGUCUUUUCACUCUCUCCCUCUCCAAUAAGUUUUCUCAAAAUCUCUCCUUCUGUGUCUAACCUUCCACCACCCGGCGUCCUCCCUCUCUUUCAUAAUCUCUCAACUGGUAACAUAGUAUUUGUCCCAAUCAUUUUAACUUUCCCAACAACUGCCCAACCUUUACCCUGGCUAUCUGCUUAG